AUGAAUGAACGACACACCUUUGCAAGUGCAUAUCCACAAUCAUUAUCACAUAUCAUUAUUAAACGCUCUACUCCAGUUGUGCCAGUUAUUCUUGGUCCUCAAAUACCUCGUCGUGAGCGAGAAGAAACAUACGAACGUUAUUGUCGUGCAUUGCUAACUUUAUUUGUGCCAUGGAGGAAUGGCCAUCAUAUCGUAGAUGAUUCGAAUACAUUUGUAAUAGCUCAUUCUCAUCAUGCAAGAAUGAUUAAGGAAUGGAAACGUGACAUUGAAAUCAGAAGAGACCAAGCAAGAAGCUAUUUAAUUUCAGGUGAAGACACUUUGGAAGUACGAGAUGAUGAUGUACAAGUUGAAGUCGUAACUUCUGAAAUACCUACAAGUCCAUUUAAAGCACAAAUUGCCGUUGUACCACCUGUAACUGCAUCUACAGCAGUUUCAUUCCCAACCAAAUCAGAUGUUAUCAAGAAAUUUACACUAAAUGGUCAGCAGAAGUUUGCUUUUAUGAUUGGUACUAGUCACUUAGAUGGUGAUAACCAAUUUCACACUGGUAUUUAUUGUUUUGAUUUUUUAUUUAUCAAAUAUCAUUAACCAUAAUGAUUUCAGGCACUAUUGACAACCAGUUACUAAUGUGUAUACCUGGUUGUGGUGGUACUGGAAAAUCACAAUUGAUUCGUGCAAUCACGAAUUAUUUCCAAAUGACAAAGAGAGGCAAAAUGCUGCGCAAACUAGCACCCACAUCUAUAGCAGCGGCAGAAAUUGAUGGAUUAACAAUCCAUUCAUUUUUAGGCGAAGCGCGCAAAAAUUCUAAAAAGAGACAAACAAGAACAUUUAGACCUGACGACAUAAAGUUGGAAACGACUGGCGUCAUGUGAAGUACUUAAUCAUCGAUGAGAUGAGCAUGGUAGGACUUAGUCUCUUAGCUCGACUCAAUCGAAUAGUGAAAACAGCGAAACACAUCAAUACAGAUGCUCCUUUUGGUGGGAUAAAUGUGAUUUUUUUUGGCGACUACCU